AUGGGACCUAAGAAAGGGAAUCCCAUUUCCGAAGUGAUUUUACCUCUUAUUCAUCAAGUUGCUUGUAUCCAGAUGAACCUCAGUGAUGCCUAUCUUUACUUGACUUACUUGUAUAGCGAUGACAGCACAGCAACUGGGUUCGGAGCAUACGUUCAGGACAAGUCUUUAACGAGCUGGUUCUAUGCCCAAAGUGUCCUGAAAUACAUCACAGGAAGAGGAAAUAAGGUCUGCAUUCCGGAUAUUCAGAGGCCUGAAAUAGACACCCAAGGACGCAUCCAGUGUGCAAUGGCUGCCCUAAAUAUGGAAAAAGAAUUAAAAGUAAUCCUGCACCGUCUGCUUGACCUCGCUUUAAAUAUUAAAGAUAACCAAACAUUAAACCAUUCGAAGGACUGGAUAUUUAAACAGCAAAGGAAUGAAGAACGUUUGGCACGGGAAAUUGAUGAGCUGAAGAAAAAAGAACAGGCUCAGAAUAGGGCUGUUGAAGAUGAAACCUAUCUGCAAGGCUCACCUCGAAAGAUGCCAAGGAGAGAACCAAGUGCUAGCAAAUAG